AUGAGUUUCACAUGGGAAAAGCAAUUAGGUUCAAAGCCAUAUGGGUCGAAUCAACAUGUCUUGUGCAAGUCCCCAAUAGUUCAUGUCGACCAAAAAGAUGAACUCAAGAAAGUGCUUGCUAAAAAACCCAAGAAUCAAUGGAGUUACACACUUGUUCUUCAAUUCACAUUGCUAAAAAACAUAGUCAUAACAACAACAAUCCCUUCUUCACCAUCCCCACAUAUCUACAAACCCUCACCACCCUCCACCAAACACCAUUCAUGCGUCCCUUGCUCGACUAUCCUCCCUUCCUGCACCACCCCUAUACUAUCCACCCCCCUCACUGUCGCCAGCCUGUGCGCCACUACAACCGUCGUCCUCCCCCUCAUCACCCUCUCCAGCGCCUCCUGCAAAACCAGCUCCGACUCCGCAUCCAACGCGCUCGUCGCCUCGUCCAAAAGCAAAAUCGCCGGAUUCUUCAAAACCGCCCUCGCAAUUGCUAUCCUCUGCCUCUGCCCUCCCGAAAGCUGCACUCCCUUCUCCCCCACUUGCGUAUCGUACCCUCGCGGCAGCCCGGUUACAAAAACGUGCGCGUUCGCCGCCCUCGCCGCCUCCACCACUUCCCCUUCCGUCGCCCCUUCUUUCCCGUACGCGAUAUUCUCGAAAAUGCUGCCGGAAAACAAAACGGGCUCUUGCUGA